AUGUCUCGGUGUGGCACGUGCAACGUAGUGCUAGAAAACGGUGAGGUACUGCGUGCCCACUACGGGUCUGAGUUUCACCUCACCAAUGUGCGUCGCCGCGUCGACGGCUUGCGCCCGCUGUCGCAGCAGGAACAUCGCUUCUCCACCAAUGAGGCGGAGGGCGCCGUUCUGGAUGAGAAGGGCACCCCCGUCUACUCGUGCACGCUAUGCAAAAAGACGUUUCACUCUGUCCAGACGCUGCAGACACAUAUCCGCUCAACAGCGCAUCUGAUGCGAAAGGAGAAGCGUAUCAUCGCGCGGGACUCGGAGACGGCGAGUAUGCUGACGUCAACGUCGCUCGGUAGCGCGGCGAUGGGCCUGCAUCGUCGCCACAACGCCAAGAAGAGCACCGCCGCGCGUGGUGACGCGAAGCCGAAAACCGCUCCAAAGGUGGACCCUGAGGCGCGGGAGGAGGACGCAAGCGAGUUGCGCUGCAUGUUCUGCGGCUUUCUCUCGGCGGAUGUCGAGUCCAACGUGCACCAUUUGGAGUGCGUGCACAGCUUCGCAGUUCCGCUGGCGGCCCACUGCACAAACCAGGCAGCGCUGCUCGCGUACUUAGCCCGCAAAAUCAACGGGCUUAUGUGCAUCGUGUGCAAUGAGCGCACGCGCUCCUUCUCUUCGCUGGAAGCGCUGCGCGACCACAUGCGCGAAACCAACCACGAACGCCUUAUUCUCAGCCCUGAAUACCAGGAGUUCUACGACGUGGCGCUCGAGGACCCGGAGACGGCGAGGCCGGUGCAGCUCGAGGGUGUCCGUGGCGACGAACUUGUCCUGGCGCACGACAAGGCGCUUGGGAAGAAGCGCGUGGUGCUGAAGCGCGAAAAUGAUGUUCCACGUCCCCGGCCACGCGAGACGGAGGAACAGAAUGAGAAACGCAUGGCGAUUCUGGCCGAGGAGCAGGAAACGCGCGCGCUGGCGAGGCACGAGCAGAAGGAGCUCAUCAUGGCGCAGAACAAGGAGGCUGCGUGGGUGGCGAAGCGCAGCGGCGGUGACCGUCACGACCUUCAGCUGGACGUUAGCAUGCGCACGAAUAAGCUGCAUCCGAAAGGGUACGAUGGCAACAUGAUGUUUAGUUAA